GAGUCAACACAACCGAAUGACUGUAGAGCGCGAGAAAGGGGAAACUCCUGUCUGUCUGAACGAAAACAAACGGGUUGUAGUGUGCACGCUGUUAAAAUAAACUAGCAACAAUGUCUGGGGAAAUUAUCACCAGAAUUUGCCUUUUUCUACUCAUCGUCUGCUCGACAAUGGCCCAGGACUGUUCUGAUCCCUGUGACUGCCCGUCGGACCCCCCUCCAUGUCCUUUUGGUACCAGUCUGGUUCUGGAUGGCUGUGGUUGCUGUAAGGUGUGUGCCAGGCAAGCCGGCGAGCCUUGUACCCUCCUGGAGCCAUGUGACCACCAUAAGGGGCUUUACUGUGAUUAUGCAAUGCUGAGUGACACUGAGCACGGCAUCUGCAUGGCCCAGGAAGGCCAGACGUGUGACCUGGGAGGGGUCAUCUACCGCAGUGGAGAGACAUUCCAGCCCAGCUGCAAGCACCAGUGUGUCUGUAUGAACGGAGAGAUCGGCUGCGUGCCAACUUGUGCCAGCGACGUGUGGCUGCCCUCCCCGGACUGCCCGUACCCACGCCGCAUCCAGAUCCCUGGGAAGUGCUGUGAGGAGUGGGUGUGUGAUCAGAGCCCUCAGGACAACCCCUACCAGUCAGCCAUGGCUGGAUCUGAAAUUCACCCCUUGGUCUCUUCUUCCCCUCUGUCAGUCUACAGAGAGGUGUCAGCCCACGGGCCGGUCCCGGCGGAGAGCCCCAGGGAGAACUGCAUCGUCCAGACCACCAAAUGGGACGAGUGCUCGGCCACCUGCGGCAUGGGCGUGUCGUCCCGCGUCACCAAUGACAACGAGCGGUGCCAGCUGGAGAGGCAGACCCGUAUCUGUAUGAUCCGGCCCUGCCACGUGGAGCAAGAGAAGGACAUCAAGAGGGGGAAGAAGUGUGUACGGACCCCCAAGUCCCUGCGCGGCAUGCGUUUCCAGCUGUCAGGCUGCAGCAGCAGCAGGAUCUACAAGCCCAAGUUCUGUGGUGUGUGUACGGACGGGCGCUGCUGCACCCCUCACACCACCGUCACCGCCGAGGUGGAGUUCCACUGUCCCGAGGGAGACACCUUCAGACGCAAGAUGAUGUUCAUCAAGACGUGCUCCUGUCACCACGACUGUCCACGAGACAAUGACAUCUUCCUGGCCUCGCACACACGCAGAAUGAUUGGGGACUAUGACAACGAUAUGUAAACAUCAUGGCUGCCAAACAAACUGACAAGCACAUAAACACAUCAGCCCAUAUACACACACACACACAUAUACACACACUGAUAAAACUAUUUCACAUCGCACUCACACACACAUAGGCAGCUUUUUGAAUUCCUGGACCCUUGUCUCUACCUUACUACCCAUAGACAUGUCUACCUAGUAGUGAGACUGAAAACAAGUAUGUGAGUUCAAGCAUGAGAUUGACUCUUUAGGUUUUCUUUUGCUACUUUUUUUUUUAUUGUUGUUUUGUUUGGGUUUUUAACGCGCAGCUCUAAAGUCACCUGGCUCUUUGACUCGUCUGCCUGUAUGUCUACAGAGAUACUAUAGGGUGGAUCUGACGCACUGAGGAAUCAAUGUUAGAGAGACGUAGCACAUCACUUAGGAAGGUUAUAGGAGCAUGACAUGGUAGUGUACAGAUGAGCAGUAGGUACUUACUCAACCAAAUGUCACAUUUUGACAUAAAAUGUUAGAAUAUGACAUUUAAAAAAAAAACAACAUUAUUCAUAUGUUAAAGAUUAACAAUACAGAAAUAGUUUGAAUAUAUUAUACUACUAGUAUGUGCCUCGACUGAUCUGCAUAUUAUUGAGUGAAUAUAUAUAUAUAUAUCUAUAUAUAUAUAUAUAUAUAUACUUAUAUACACCUGACACAAAAUUAUUGGAAAUAUUUAUGAUUGAGUCUUUUAACUUCGACGGGGACGUUACCUAUAUCUCUCAUUAUUUAGUCACUUCAUUAGUUGCUGACCACUGAUAUAUUUUCAGUUUAGUCCAACGUAAGAGUUUGGGUCCCUAAAAACUGCUUUGUCUGACCGUGAAUUCACGUUCACAUCAUGGUCAAAAAGAGACAUUAAAAUGACUAAAAUCGAAAGAAAAAAAACACUAGUCCAAAAACACUAAAAACAAAAAGUGGCUUGGCUGAAGAAUGUAAAUAAUAUUGUUUACUGUUUAUUUAAAAAAAAGAGAAGAAAGAACAAAGGAAAUAAAUGAAUUCUGCAUUGACGAAUACACCUUGUGUAAAUACUGUAAGACUGUGUACAGUUUAGUACUAUAAUUUAUGUACCUGGUUGUUCUUGUUUAAGUAAUAACACCAGGUUGUAAGUUGUUGUUGUAUUUGUAUCAUACUUGUUUUUCACUGUAACCACCUGGCCAAGAUACAAGUGAGUUCCUAUUGUUGCACUUUUGUCUGUUUCUAAUUAAAUAAAU